AGUAGCUGUUGUUUUGGUAGUUCGUCAGAAUAAGUUGAAGCUCCGUGAACAUCGUGGAUGACCUCUGAUCUCAGCGGGUAAAUCAUGUCGGUGAAGCACGCUCUGAACCGGGGGCUGGCUCUGGGCCGGUCGCUCCUCCAGCGGGGUCUCCUCAAACCGGCGGUCCGAGUCGCAGCGAAGCUCCGGGGGGACCGCGUAGGCCCCGCGGCCCGCACCGCUCAGCCUCGGUCUUUCCUGCCGGCUCGGUACCGCUUCUACCGCAGCUCCCUGCGGGGCCUGGCCGCCCAGCUCCAGGCCUCUGCCCUCAGGAGGAGGUUCAUCGGCGGCUUCCCCAGGAACAGGGCCGUGUUCUUAGCGUUCGGUCUCGGCGUGGGACUCAUCGAACAGCAGCUGGAGGAGGACAGGACGACUGCGGCGACAUGUCAGGAGAUCCAGGCCGUGUUCAGAAAGAAAAGAUUUCAGACGCCACCCAAGCCGUUCAACUCUGGAUAUAAACUGGAGGAUUACAUUACUGGGAACCAGGUUGGCAAAGGCUCCAAUGCGGCUGUGUACGAGGCUGCGGCUCGGUUUGCGAAGGAGAGUGACGGCCAGCGCUCGCUGCUGCAGCUUAGAGAAGAGGAGGAGGAGGAGGAAGGAGAGAAAGGUCGUUCUCUGACUUGCUGCUCACUCAGAAACUUCCCCCUGGCUAUCAAGAUGAUGUGGAACUUUGGGCCAAGUUCAUCGAGCGAGGAUAUUUUAAAAUCCAUGUCCCAGGAGCUGGUGCCUGCCGGCGCUCUGGCCUUAAAGCAGGAGAAGGAACAAGUCACUCUGGAUGGGGACUUUGGAGUUCUGCCUAAAAGAGUGUCGGCACAUCCUAAUGUGAUCACAGUGUACCGGGCUUUCACAGCCGACGUUCCAUUGCUACCAGGAGCCCUGGAAGAGUAUCCAGAUGUGCUGCCAUCCAGGCUGAACCCGAACGGUCUGGGCAACGAUUGCACUCUUUUCCUGGUCAUGAAGAACUAUCCGUGCACACUGCGACAGUACCUGGAGGUGUCCACGCCAGGCGGCAGGCAGGGCGCCCUGAUGGUGCUGCAGCUGCUCGAGGGCGUCGACCAUCUGUGCAGACAGGGCGUCGCUCACAGGGACCUCAAGUCAGACAACGUGCUGUUGGAACUCGACUCAGCAGGUUGCCCUCGUCUAGUGAUUACUGAUUUUGGCUGCUGCCUGGCCCAGAGGAACUCCAGUCUGCAGUUGCCCUUCAAAGGUCCGGGGGUCAGCAGGGGAGGGAAUCCUUCGCUCAUGGCGCCUGAGGUGAUCACUGCAGUUCACGGAUCUGAUGUGGUGAUUGACUACAGCAAAGCAGAUGCUUGGGCCGUGGGCGCCAUCUCCUACGAGAUAUUCGGCCAGUGCAACCCGUUCUAUCGAGCAGUGGGACUGGAGAGCAGGAGCUACGAGGAGAAGCAGCUUCCCCCGCUGCCCUCUGGUGUCCCAGUCGCUGUGCAGCUAGUGACCCGGUUACUCCUCAGGAGGAACCCGAGCAAGCGCCCCAGCGCCCGUGUUGCAGCCGACAUGCUACAUCUCAGCCUCUGGGGGCAGGAGGUGCUGGCUGACCAGGGCAGUGCCGGUAUGAGGGAGUUGGUCAAUUGGCUGCUGUGCCAAACUGCUGUGGUUCUCCUGAAGGGCUGCAGAGGACCCAGUGGGAAGAGCGUGGAGGCGGAGCUUCAGAGGAGCUUCCUGUCUAACCUGGAGCUGGAGGACCUGCGCUCUGCUGUGGGCUUCCUGCUGUACGGACAGCGUCCGGCCAUGAUACUGUCUGCAUAGAUACGCACAAUUCAUAACUUCAUAAGGAUAGACUUCUAAAAGAGGACUGACUACUGAGUACUCAAAUAGAAUUAGGUAACUUACUCAGUACUCAUUUAAAAAUGUAGUACUCCUGUAGUAGUAGAGACUAGUGAGUACUCAGGGGUUCGAACUAUAUUUGCAAAAGACAAAUGCAAAUAUUUUAGAUUUAAAUAACAAUAUUUGAUACUUGUUAAACUGCUGUGUUGGGUGACAUUAGAUUUUUCCUAGUUGCAGGUAACACUCGACACACGUUUGUCCAUCAAGCAGCUGGAGUCUGGACGGUUUCGGGUCAAACAAGCACUUAUUCUCUUAUUUUGCACAAUGUAACGACACCGUCCUCGGGUUUAAACUAAACUAUCACGUGAGUCAUGAUGAUGGACAGCGUGAGAUCGACCCUAUGGAUGUUUUUGUUGUUUGGGUUUGCACUUUAUCUCCAUGUUUGCACUCAGAGCCAAGUUUGUUUUGUUGCUAUAUUAUAUAUAAUGCAGAUUAUACUCUGGGAAAUGUAUUUCUAUGAUUUGAAUAGAGAAAAGCUAUCAUCUCCUAUCGAUACCAGUCAGUUAAGCACCUUAUUAAUAAUCAUAUGUGGCGGGUUGGGGGAUUAUUUUCAUACCAAAGAUUGACAGAAAUAUUUUGGAUAUAUGUAGAUUGUUCUGCUGUGUUUUAGAAUAAAGGAAUCUGUUUGAAAGUA